AUGGUGGCCUUCAGUCGUUGUGUCAUUGGGCUCGGAACUCUUCUGAGCCUGAGCCCCGUCUCCGCUGUCAAGAUGCUCUACGACGACAGUCUUCCCGAGGAUCCCAAUGCGGCAUAUUCUGCGGCCCUCAUGGCUGAUAUCGCUUGCGAUCCUCUCGUGCCGGCCCUCUGCCGCGACUUCUACUACCCUCCCACUACGCUAACCCGCGUGUGUACCACUGCCUGCGAUUCUGCGCUCCAGUCUUGGGAGAGCUCGGUCCGGUCUGCCUGUGGCAAUGACAUUGUCAUUCCUGACGAGAAUGACCUUGAUUCAUCACCCAUUGGGAUCCCGGCCAGCCGCCGGUACACCUAUAGCUUCACGUGUCUCAAGGAGAACGAUGUCUUUUACGGCCCCAUUGCGGCAUUGGCAAGCUUCUUCGCCGACCCUGGAGCGGCAGUUAACACGACGUGCUCAGUCAUCGCUACGGCUGCCAAUAUCACAGAGCCACAGCUGCUGGCUUGGAACCCCGGCAUUAACCCAGUCUGUUCCAACCUCGACAUGAUGAACGGCACCACACUUUGCAUCGAACCGCCCGGACCCAAGCUCCCACCUGCUCAAACACCGGGUGUUCCUCCUGUAACGCCUACCAGUGCUGCUCCCAUCCUCUCCAAUACUGCCAUUGGAUCUGACAAGCCCUGCGGCCGCUGGUACGAGAUAGAGCCUGGCGAUUACUGCAACCUACUGACUCUCAAGUUUGCCAUUUCUCUCGAGGACUUCAUGUUCCUCAGCACAAGCAUCAACUCCAACUGA